AUGCAACCAUCACGUGUGUCUAACAAGUGUCGCUCUCCAUGUGAAUCGAUCGAUUUAACUCCAGAACAAAAGCGUAAUAAAUGGACGCGUCUUAUAUUACGAGAAUUAUACGAUCUUGGCUUUUGUGAAGCUGCUGCUGCUUUGGAACAAGAGGCAUCUGUACAAUUACGAUCUUGUGGCAUGAAAAAGUUGCAACAUCUUGUGGCCACAUGUCAAUGGGAUGAGGCUUUGCAACUAGUCACACAAUCGGGGACUUUACACAUGAAAUCAACUCGUGCAACUCGUGAAGCAGCAUUAUUGUUACUUCAGCGAAAGUUUAUUGAGUAUUUAUUGAACGAUCAGCUUGCAGAAGCUCGUCGUACAUUUCAAGAUGAAAUAUUAUCCACGUAUCAUCUAAAUGAGACAGAAGUGAAGGAAUUAGCAGAACUUUUGCUUUGUAGAGAUGCCAAGGAGAUGCAUGAACGAGCGAGAAAACCAUGGCACGAUGAUGAGUUGAUAGUACAAUUUGAAGCAUUAGUGAGUCCAGAGGAAAUGAUACCCAAAGGAGCUCUUCGUAAACUUGUACAUGACGAGGAGUUGCACGUGCCACUUUCAAACUUACGGGGGAAUGUUACUGGGUAUUGCUUUGACACGUUAACGUGCCACACCGACGAUGUGUGGGCACUUGCUUUUUCACCCGAUGGACAAAUAUUAGCGUCGGCCUCUAAAAAUGGAUAUGUCGUAUUGUAUGAAAUUUCAUCUCACACCAACUUACUGACUGUGACGGGAGAAUCUAUAAAUGUCAAACGAGAUACUACACAUAUAAUUGAAAGCGUUGAAGGACCAAUUGAUUGCCUCGCAUGGUCUUCUAAUAGUCGUGUUUUACUUUUAAGUGGCACUCAUUCGACUACAAUUCAAGUUUGGAAUCGCACGACGAAAAAAUGUGAAAAAAGUCUUAACCAUCCAAUUGGGAACGUUUCGAGAUUACAGUGGCUUCCAAAUGGCGAUUAUUUUGUCAGUGGUAGUACCGAUAAAUUACUUGUUUUAUGGAAUGCUACGGAUAAUUCUGUCGUAUACCAAUGGAGUGGACGAAGAGUAGUGGACGUUGUCGUCCAUCCACGAAAUUCUAAUGUGUUUGUGCUUCUUCCAGGCUUUGAACUUCGAGUUUACGAUGUGACUCAAAAAUCGGAUCAUUUGAUACUUCAAACCAAACACGUUGUUUCGUGUCUUGUAAUUUCUUCUUGUGGUCACUUUUUGCUCUUAAAUUGUAUCAAAGAAGAGCAAGUGAUGUGUGUUGAGAGUACAACGGGACGUACACUCGCGACAUUUCAGGGUAUGCGAGAGCAACGUUACAUUUUACGUCCAUGUUUUAUUGGGUUUCAACAUGAACUUGUUGCUUCUGGAAGUGAAGAUGGCAAAGUAUUUGUGUGGGAACGAGAAAGUGGAAAACUUGCGAUAACAUUAGACGGACAUUCUAGUGUCGUAAACGAAGUGGUAUGCCAUCCGAUUCAUACAAAUGUGAUUGCGACUGCAAGUGACGAUAAAACCAUUCGUUUAUGGUCGCUUGAGUCCAUGGAUUUUCGAGAAGAUUUAGUUUUAGGGAGUGAACUUUCGAAAAACAAAUCUCAUACUAUUCUAAAAGAUGUUACAUAUACGACAACAGCACCCGUUGAGAUGCUAGUCUUGCCGAUAUUUUAA